AUGUCAAAAAGGUUCGCCGAGUUCGACGGCCAUGAAAACAGGGACAACAAGCGGCCGAAAACACAGCCCCCGGUCGCCGUCAUUCCCGCCACUGAUAUUUUCUCCGCUCGUCAGCUUCAGGAACUUCUUGUAUUCAGCCAAGACGGCGUCCAGAACUUGAGGAAUGGUAUCCAGUCUUUCAAGCAACUCUUGGAACUUAUCCUCUACCAGCCUGACGAACCCAAUCGCCCGGCCAAGAUCAACAUUCUCAAUGACUAUCUGGAUGCCGCCAAAUUGAAAGCUGCCCGUGACAAGGAUGCCGAAUAUCUUCCUGAUUUUAUGCAGGCAUGGGGCUUUGCUAACCAGACUAACAAUGAUUACCUGGCUACCUCUGUUGCUUCAAUCCUGGCUCUGCUUCUGAAGACAAUCGCUUCCCUCAUUGAAUCUCGUGAAUACGGCAUUCUUCUAAUCAAGACUCUCCUCAACCAUGCCCAGCUAAAGCUCAUCUCGAGAAGUGUCUCUGCUCCCAAGCACAAGGAACAUGUCAUCUCGCCUUCUCUACGUAUCCUGACCGAGAUGGUCUCUUUUGAUGCUGGUCUCAUGGCUAAGCAGGUUUACGCAAAACGCGACUUCACUUUCGAGACAAAGAUUGUCGCUCGUAACCUCGGUCUCACCAAAAGCGGCUCUGGUCCCUCAAUCAGAUCAAAUGCUGUUCGCUAUCUGCUCGCAAACUUCAAAUACCAGGGAGAAGGCGCCAAGAUUGAUAUCCUCAAGAACGGCCACAUCAUCAAGGCUCUGUUUGAUCACUUGAAGGACGACUCUGCCGAUGCUUUGCAAGAGAUUUUCAAGGUUCUCGAAACUGGUAUCCUGCGCGACGAAACCAUUCCCCGUGCAACAAAGACCCAGACAAUCAGCGAGCGUUCUUUAGCAGGCGUCCUUGCUGCUUUGCGCACAUUCGCUGCCACCGAAAGCCCUACAGGCGAUGAAUCUACCUUGAUACGUGGCAAAACUGCAAUCGUGUCAUUUUUGAAACUCGUCAGCACUACUCCUUCGCUUGGUCUGCUCCGUCCCAGCGGCUGGUAUCCUCCUGGAAGCGAGCGUCACACUAGAGAUCAGAAUGAUGAUGUUGAAACUGAUCUCGCCCUUGAUCUCGGUCUUGACUCUGUCGACUGGUACAAUAAGUUCCAAGGUCAAGUGCCCGUACGAAACACCAUUCUUUCUGGCUUCUCGCAGACUUUGAAGCCAUAUGCAAGCGAGGAGGAGAGAGAUAUCCUUCUUUCCAUCUUCGCCGCAGCACCCGAAAUUAUUGCAGACUACUACUUUUCAAGAGGAGAAAAGUUCUCAUUCGAGCCCAAGCUCACCAACACCUGGAUUGGUUAUGCGUCCUUCCUCUUCUCAUCCGUUCAGGUUCCUUUCCCCAAAUACUUUGGGGCCAUUGAUCACUACGCAAGCUGCCCUCCUCCAGUCUCAAUCGCCAUUGAAAACAUACUCCCUCUGCCUCUCACUCAAAGGAUCUUGACAAAAUCUCUAAACCAAUCUUCCGAUCUCAUCACUCUUUUCGCUGUCCGUAUUCUGGUUGUGGCUUUCCAGAAGUUGCAUCAAGUCUUGCAAGCGUUCACUGUAGCGGCCGCUGAAGGCAAUCCUCUUUGGAAGGAAGGAUCCAUCAGAUUGAUUGCCGAAUUCUGUCAAAGAUGUCCCCCAGUCAAAGACGUCAUUGCCGCUUUCCGCAAAAUCUCCGACGACAACAUCCUUCAGAAGGAAGCCAUCUCAAGACUACUCCGCAUGUACUACCAGGUCACACCACAAACUGCACUGGAAGAGAAGUUCGACGUCUCUCAGGCUUUGACCGUGGCAAUGUCAAGAGUUGAGACAGUGUCAUCCGAGACUGAGAACUACGCCUUUCGUCUGCUGGAACUGCAGCACUUGCUUGUCAUUGCUCAAUGCUCUGCAGGCAUGCGUUGGUGGCACAAACAAGGCUCGCUCAAGUUCUCUCCAUUCACCACUUUGCUCCGUCUAAGCGCACAGACUCCCGCAAAUCAGUCUACCGGAUCUGAGUUUAUCAAUCUGCUCCAGUCGGUCAUUGAUGAACAUGGCAUCCUCCAGCAGCAAACGAAGGAGCCACCUGUAAAUGCCUUGAUUGCAAGUCUUGUGGAUGACGAGACUUGGAAGCCAAGCGAGGCUCUUUUCACCUUCAUCGAUGACUGUCUCGGUCGUCUUGUCAGAAAACCAAUCAAAUACCUGGAUGAUCUCGAUGAAUUGGCCGGCAGUUCAGAUCAUGGCAAGGCCCUCAGUGCGCUGGUCAUGGUCUGUCUGGAGCAAAUUCCCUUCACCUCGAAAUUGCCAGAGUCUGACCGCAUCAAUGUGUUAACCUGGUUCUCGCGCUUCCUCGAAUUGCUCAAGGUGAUGGGUGAGGAUGUCGAGUUGUUGCAGCUCAUCAGACAGAGAGUAACAGACUUGCCUGUCGUUUCAUCUGUAGAGCUCGAACCAACAUUGCGAUCAAUAACUUCUCGCAGACAGUCUGAUGAUGACAAGACGUCAGUCCCAGCAUCUUCAUCUGAUAAAAAGUCCACCAAACAACCUCUUGCAUUCUCAGAGCCUCCUGUUGAAAAGCAAAAUCACCCCGAGUUGAGCAGAUGGCAACAAAAGGAUCUAGACGAGUCACUCGAGAAUGGCGAUAUCGAUAGUCUUAUCCUCUGCUUGUCGUCACAAGACAGCUCGGUUAGAUUACAAGCCCACGCCGCAAUUCGCAAACUCAUGCUCAAAGUCAAAGAAUCCACAAACGACGACAAAGACCAGAUCUAUUUGCUCCUUGGUGAGCUGUCUGAGACGGUCGCUGAAAUGUCACCCUCAACCAUAGCACAACAACCACUUCCAUACCUUGUCACUGUGUUUGCUACACAAGCUCUGACCAUCCUUCAAGACCCCUCUCACUUCAUGUACCCCAAAAUCAACAAAUACUUCAACAAAGGCCCAGUCUGGAACAUCGGCAAACUGCCAAACUACUGGAUCGACAUAACGGUCCUAGAAACACCCGAAGAAGACGACAAACACUGGGCAGAAAUUGAAUUCGUGCUUGAAUUUUUCGCAAUUGGCACAAGGACACUGCAAGAUGUGCAUCUAUUGCUUCCUCGCAAUUGCAUGGAGAAAGUGCUGGAUCUUUUUGCUAGUCCAUCAGCGCCUAAGGGUGUCAAGGAUGCAGUGUUGAAGGUCGUUUAUAGAAUUGCUGCUGUGGGUGGUGCGACUAGUCUUGUUACUAGGACGGGUGUGCUGGCUUGGUUGGAUAUGAGAGCCAAGGUCGGUGAUGUGGAUGCAUCGACUUUGGAGGUAUUGUCACGUAAAGUGAAGGAUGGGAUUGACGAGGCUAGAGUCAAGACUUGGAGUAAAGGUGCUUUGACGGCUGUUCAAGCGCAGUAA